AUCUGUGCACGUGACCUGGUCAUCAUGGACGAGAUCAGUGACUUGCGAGUUGAACCUUGCCUUGAUUCACAGUAUGUACGUCCUUAUCGAUUGCAUUAUAAACAGAGAGGAAGGAAAAAGAUGUGGGAUUUCAUCGAGAAACAUGACAGUGUUAGUGUUCUUAUUUACAACACAACAAGGAAAGUGUUUGUGAUUGUCAAGCAGUUUAGACCAGCUAUGUAUGUCCGAGCAUGUAUGAAUGCAUCACAUUGUGAUCAAAGUGAUCGAGAUAUUCAAGACCAACAUUUAGAAUCAUGCAAAUUUGAUCAACCUGCCAGUUGUGGCUUUACCUACGAGAUCUGUGCUGGCAUUGUUGACAAGAAGCAGCCCGUUAUUGAGAUUGCAAAAGCAGAAGUUUUGGAAGAAUGUGGCUAUGACGUGCCACUAGAGAAAAUGAGUCUCAUCUCAAUACACUGCACCAGCGUGGGUACAUCGGGAACUACAGGUCACAUGUUUUAUGUCGAGGUGACAGAUGAUAUGAAAGUAUCAAGUGGUGGUGGCAGUGAAGAAGAAGGAGAAAUGAUUGAUGUUGUUGAAAUUCCACUGAGCAACAGCAAACAUUUCCUAUUUGACUUCAGUAAGCCCAAGACAUCGGGACUUAUGUUUGCAUUCAUGUGGUUUUACAAUACAAAGGAAAAUCCUUGACCCCAACAUGAAAUGGCAUAUCAUGUUUGGGUCAACGAUUUGGUCAUCACUAUAUCACAGCAAAGACAUAAUGUGUUGAUGGGCAUGUAUUUUCUUGAUACUUUCAUAAAAAGGAGAGUCUAUAAGACUUAAAGUCAUGACAAUAUUGAUUAGCUGGUAUGUGAUGUCAUAUUUGAAAAGAGUCCUCGUGAUCC